AUGCACAUAAGCAAGCCUUUCAAGGACUCGAGAGAUAUUUACAGUGUCUCUGUCCGCGGAAGGGCUUGGAUAGCACCACGUUCCCACGCUGAGAAUGAAGGAGACGUACUUUACGCCCAAAUGGGUUUCCCAGGCCUUGGGUUUUGACGUGAAGGAGGUCAAGUCGGAAAAAAUAGGUCGCGGCCAGAUUGCCAAUGUCUACCGUCUGGAUCUGGAAUACGGUGGGCGCACUCGCAAGGGCCCUGCUUCCGUGGCUCUGAAGACCACGUCCGACGACUCAGACAGCAGGACCUUGGGAACCGCCGGAGGCUUGUACGAGAAGGAGGCAAAGUUUUACAGCACGAUUGCCCCGUACCUCACGACGGGACCCGUUGCAGAAUCGUAUGCCAGCGAGACGAAUGAAGAGACGCUUGACUUUGCGAUCCUGAUGAAGGACUACUCGACCGGCACGGUUAGCGAUGAUAUCGAGGGCGCCACCUUGGAGGAGGCAAAGUUGUGCGUCGGCGAGCUGGGCCGUCUUCAUGGACUGUCGAUCAACCUGCCAAAGGAGAAGACCUCUUGGCUGCCGAAGGCAGCCUGGCCACCCCAGGCGAUCAUGGCUCAGUUCUGGACGGAGUUCCAGUCGAGGUAUCCCGACAAGAUCAGCGCGGAGCACAAGGAAAUCGGCGACAAGUACGUAGCCAGCUGCGACGCGUGGCAGGAAGGUCUCCUGGCGUCCAGCGCGCCACAGGGCCUGGUGCACGGCGACUACCGGCUCGAAAACAUGCUGAUGAAGCCGGACCGCGAGCCGCCGCUGGUGCUGGUGGACUGGCAGACGUACUACUGGGGCCCCAUCCUGCACGACCUGGCCUUCUUCCUCAGCACGGCCUUGACGCCGGAGAAGCGGCGCGCGUGGCAGGACGAGCUGACGCAGAUCUACCUGGACGCGCUCAACGUCAACGUGCCGACGGUGAGCAUGGACGACUGCAAGAAGGGCAUCCAGAUGCUGUGCUUCACGGGGAUGCGGCAGGCCAUCACGGCGGCCAACGUGGUGGAGCGCACGGCGCGGGGCGACGAGCUGUUCCUGGCCAUGUUCACGCGCUCGUGCGACCUGGCGACGGACACGAAGGCGCUGGACGUGCUGCCGGCGCCGUCGAAGCCGGAGCCGCUGCAGCCGAAGCCGGAGGACGAGGAGGCGCACCCGCACACGGACAAGCCGCUGCACAACGAGAGCUGGUACUUUGACGUCGUCGACGCGGACCAGAAGGUCGGCGUGUGGACCCGGCUGGGCGUCGUGCCGAACCAGAAGGGCAGCUGGUACCAGACGCUGCUGUGCGGGCCGGACGUGCCCACCGUCGGCCUGCUCGACUUCGAGGCGCCGCACCCGGGCAGCGACCUCACGCUGACGACGGACAAGUUUACGGCGACGCACAAGGCCGAGGUGCCGCUGCAGCGGUACCGCAUCACGGCGUCGGGCAAGGGCGAGGCGUUCGACGACCCGGCCGCGCUGCUGCGGCAGGAGGCCGGCCGGCCCGUCGACGUGCACAUGGACCUCGUGUACGAGACGGCCGGCGUGCCGUACCAGUGGCGACAGGCGACGCGGUACGAGAUCCCGUGCCGGGUCACGGGCACGUUCAGCUUCGACGGCCGCACCGUGGCCUUCAGCGGCGCCGUCGGCCAGCGCGACCACUCCUGGGGCGACCGCGACUGGUGGUCCAUCGACUGGAUGUGGUCCGCCUUCCACCUGUCCGACAACACGCACACCCACCAGGUCCACGUGCGGAUCCCAAACUACCCGCGCGUCGGCGUCGGCUACGUCCAGAAGGACGGCGACGUCGUCGAGUGCACGGACGUGCUGGCCACGGAGACCCGCAGGGAGAAGGACGGCCUGCUCGAGUCGGCCUCCAUCUCCGGCGCCCCGUCUCCGCUCUCCAUGGACGUCACCCCGGGCGGCCACGCCUCCAUCAUGCUCGUCAGCCCGGAGGGCAAGAAGACAGUCUUUCUGCGCUCCUGGGCCACCGUCAAGACGCCCGACGGCAGGACCGGCGCCGGCUGGAUCGAACACAACCUCGUCCAGCGCUCGUGAGAAUCUGGCCGCCACGUCUUCCCGCGAGCAA